UUUGCAUCAACCGAAGUAACUAAGCAUAUCAUUUGAGCUUGAAUUAGCAACAGACUAGUCAUGAGUUUUCUCAAAGUCUUAACACUAGUAGCCUUAUUAUUCCAUGUCUCUCUAGCGCAUAUCUCACCGGAAGACUAUCUAACCCCACAUAAUGCAGCUCGAGCUGAGGUUAAUGUCGAACCACUAGUAUGGGACGAUAAAGUUGCAGCAUAUGCCAGUGAUUAUGCUAAACAGAGAGCUGGUGAUUGUGCUCUCGUUCAUUCUACUGGAUCCUAUGGUGAGAAUAUUGCGAUGAGUUUUGGAGAUCUUGCUGUUAAAGAUGCGGUAAACAUGUGGGUAUCCGAAAUGAGUAAUUAUGACCAUGAAUCAAACUCAUGUCGAGGAGGACAGUGUUUGCACUAUACACAGGUUGUUUGGGCUAGCACUGCUCGUCUAGGGUGUGCUAGUGUUAGUUGUGCUGCUGGUGGUACCUUUGUUGUUUGCAGUUAUGAUCCUCCAGGCAACUAUGCAGGACAACUUCCUUACUAACAAACAUUAGGAGGUGUUUUGCUAAGAUCGUGUGUCUCAAUUUUUCUUUUCUCUUUAGAUUUUUUGAUUUAUUAGUGUUGGGUAUAAGGUUUUUGUGAAUCAUAAAGAAACGAGCCAGCCAGCCGUGAUGGCAGUACAAAUUUACGUUUCUCUCUUUUAUUUUAAUCCAUUUAGGGCAUAAUUUGAGAUUUUAUUCAAUUUGAUUGUGUUGAAUCGGUUG